AUGGCUACCACUUACACUAGAUGGGUACAUCAUGGAGAACCAUUGGAGGUUGUACCACAUGAAAUUGAUGACCAUGUUGAUGAACAUACUAGUCUGAAUGAGGAUUUUGGCAUGAAUGUGGAUAAAGAAGAUGACCCUGACUAUGGAAUUCGUUGUAUGGUAAAGGAGUUGUACACAACUGAAGAGGAAGAUGGAAAGACAAUGGUGGAAGAAAGAAGGUUCCUGAGAAGGUUUUGCGAUAUUUUCCGUUGA